CCUAAUCAAUCAAUCAAUCAAUCAAUCAAUCAAUCAAUCAAUCAAUCAAUCAAUCAAAUGGACAAUGCAAGAUCAGCGCAACAUCAACAAGCAAUGUACGACGAGGAGAGGUUGGAAAGGACGAGAAGAAGAAGAAGUGGAGGAGGAGAAGAGGAGGAGAAGAAGAGGAAGAAGAAGAGGAGGAGAAGAGGAGGAGGAGAAGACGAGGAGGAGGAGAAGAGGAGGAGAAGAAGAGGAAGAUGAAGAGGAGGAGGAGAAGAGGAGGAGGAGGAGGAGGAGAAGAGGAGGAGGAGAAGAAAAAGAAGAAGAAGGAAAGAUGGCGAGGAGGAGGAGGAAAAGAAGAAGAAGAAGGAAGGAUGUCGAGGAGGAGGAGGAAACGGGGAGGAGGAGAAGAAGAAGAAGGAAAGAUGGCGAGGAGAAGGAAAAGAUGAGGAGGGUGAGGAGGCGCAGGAGAAAAAGAAGAAGAAGAAAACGAAAAGAAGAAAAGAAAAAAACAACGGGUGUUGACGUGGCAGCCGCGCGUCGAAAACUGCACGACGAGGAGUUGGAAAGGAGGAGAAGAAGAAGAAGUGGAGGAGGAGAAGAGGAGGAGAAGAAGAGGAAGAAGAAGAGGAGGCGAAGAGGAGGAGGAGGAGGAGAAGAGGAGGAGAAAAAAAGGAAGAAGAAGAGGAGGAGGAGAAGAGGAGGAGGAGAAGAAGAAGAAGAAGAAGGAAAGAUGGCGAGGAGGAGGAGGAUGAGAAGAAGAAGAAGGAAGGAUGGCGAGGAGGAGGAGGAGAAGGAGAGGAGGAGAAGCAGAAGAAGGAAAGAUGGCGAGGAGAAGGAGGAGGAGAAGGAGAAGAUGACGAGGACGUUACCUACCGGGCCUGUCUCUCCGAAGGAAUCAUAUGCUGCGAGUGCUCUAUCGUCUUCUACAGCUCCGUUUCCUCGGGUGUCUCCCAUUUUCCACCUACCGUUGGGCAUGGAGAUCUGUAGUACUUGCUUGACAUCGCAUAAGGGGACGUUAUUACCAGCCCGAUUGUCAGCCAGUCUGCCCAAUCGAGCUUCCGCGACACCCCUGAAUUGGGAUCCCAAGCGAUCUAUUGUCUUCGACGAUCGCACCCUCGAUGCAUUUCGCUCCGGCGAUAUGAAUGGAUGGUGUCGAUCUGUUCUGGUCUCUGCAGAGCAUGCCACGUCAUCGGUUUUCCCGGCGGAGUUCCCAUCCAAGGGGGCACGUGGAGGCUGCGGCUGCGAAGAAGAGGGGGUCUCAAAGGCAAGGGGAAACCUUCGGUGUGGGAAACCUUCGGAGGAGGAGGAGAAGAAGAAGAAGAAGGAAGGAUGGCGAGGAGGAGGAGGAGAAGGGGAGGAGGAGAAGAAGAAGAAGAAGGAAAGAUGGCGAGGAGAAGGAGGAGGAGAAGGAGAAGAUGACGAGGGAGUUGGAAAGGAGGAGAAGAAGAAGUGGAGGAGAAGAGGAGGAGAAGAAGAGGAAGAAGAAGAGGAGGAGAAGAGGAGGAGAAGAGGAGGAGGAGGAGGAGGACAAGAGGAGGAGGAGAAGCAGAAGAAGAAGAAGAAGAAGGAAAGAUGGCGAGGAGGAGGAGGAGGAGAAGAGGAGGAGAAGAAGAAGAAGGAAAGAUGACGAGGAGGAGGAGGAGAAGGGGAGGAGGAGAAGAAGAAGAAGAAGAAGGAAAGAUGGCGAGGAGGAGGAGGAGUCUCUUAUACACAUCUAGAUGUGUAUAAGAGACAGCCCGCAAUCGGUGGGCUGACUCCCCACAGAGUCUUGCUGCGGUCCUACGGGUUGCAAUCCCGCCUG